AAGGCUGUGCUGGGAAGGAUGGAGGUGGCGGAGACCGAGGCCGAGGCUGCAGCCAUAGAGUCCCUGGCCCAGCUGGCAAACAUCCUGGAGCCUACAGGCCUGCAGGAGGAGGCAGAGGUGCCUGGACAGAUCCUGGCUGAGUUUGUGAUGGAUUUCCGAAAGAAGAACAAGGUGCUCUGCAGCCAUCUUCAGGCAGUGGACUUCCUGCAGAACUUUUUGGCUCAGGAGGGCAUUGUUCAGGGCCUGGACCCCUUGGCUUCUGAAGACAGGAGCCGACGGAAGGCAAUGGCAGCCAAGGAGCAAUGGAAAGAGCUGAAGGCUACCUACCAAGAACACGUGGAGGCCAUCUCAAGGGCUGUGAUCCAGGCCCUGCCCAAGAUGGAGGAGGCCCAAAGGAAGCAGGCACAGCUCCGGGAGGCCCUUGAGCAGCUCCAGGCCAAGAAGCAAGUAGCCAUGGAGAAACGCAGAACAUCCCAUAAGCAGUGGACGCUGCAACAGGAGAAGCGUCUACAGCACUUGGCAGAAGUUUCUGCAGAGGUGAGGCAGCGUCAAGCAGGAACUCAGCAGAAGCUUGAGCAGCUGCGUCAGGAACUUGGAACCUUGAAGCAGCAAGCAGGGCAGGAGCGGGACAAGCUGCAGAGGCACCAGACCUUCCUUCAACUGCUAUACACCUUGCAGGGUAAGCUGCCACCCCCUGAGACAGAGGCAGAGCUACCACAAGACUUGGAUCUUCCUGAGGAUAAGAAGAGGAAGAGACACCAAAGAGCUCUCUUCCCAGCUCUGGAUCCCAGCUGCUGA